AUGGUCUCCACAGCACUCCUAGAUGGUGCGUGCAUAGUUGUAUCAUCUGCGUAUUGUGUUGAAGGAAUAUGUAAUUAUGCUGCGACGGUGGAUAGCACAGGUGUUCUCAAUAUUCCCGAGAAUGGUUCAGCACAGUGUAAACCAGGUCACACACUGAAAAAUCCAGAGCGCGUCUAUUGCCACCAGGGAAACUGGGUCAACUUCCCAAUCUGCGAACUCAAUCCACCUGCAAGCGGUUACCGGGCAGACUGCGUGGUCAAUGGAGCCAAUAACCUUUUGGGAGCGUACCAGCAGGUUUACAGAGAUGGGUCUGUUGUUUGCAGAGCAGGCCACAGUAAUGUACCACAGGGCACGCCGUACUGCACGACUAUUAUAGGACUAGUACACUGGUGGCAUAAGAUUGACAAAUGUGUUCCAACAUUCCAUUGGUUACGAGAAUCCGUGUACGCCAUUGACAGGACAGGACAUGUAUCCGUAGCGACCAUCAGAUCUGAUUGUCAGAAGCGAAAUGGAACACUGCCAUACUCAACCCUGGACCUACCGUUGAACGGGAGUGACUUGGCGUGGGGACCAAAUUGGGCAGUAUUUGGGGACAUCUCUAUCUUCUAUGUAGAUUAUGGAGUAAUCAGUUCGCGAUCCUACGCUGACAAUGUCUACCCCGCUAAUUUGAUGUUCUUGUGCAUAAUUGAAUGCAGAGUUGAUGAAGCGCAGCUCAAUCUACUCGGAUACCGAUCCAUUAGCAAGGAUCUGCAUGUUACAUGUGAGACAGGCUAUCAACUUCACACCCUCAAGGAAGAAGUGGCCUGCGGGCCGGAUGGCAUCUGGAAGAAUUUACCACGUUGCAUAAGGAACAUCAUAUAGGAGACAACGGACCUCUUCUUCUGCAAUGUGGAUGGAUACUCCCAAUAGAAAUGAGUAUGCCCAGUGUGGAUGAGCAUUCCCAAUGCAGAUGACUAUUCCAGAAUGAAUGCUCUCUUUCUUGUUCAUUGUAUGCCUUGCAAUCAUCGCUUAACUUUUCACUCAUGCAUGUAGACAUAAUUAUAAGGAUAUGUUUACAUCGAUAUUGAUCAUCCUUGUUGCUAUAAUAUUAUAGUUGCUGUCUCCGACACGCUUGUUUUUAAAACAUUACAGAAGUAAAUGAUUUUUCCCAACGUGUUUCUGUAUUCCCAAAGCUAUAAUAAUACUAGAGUAAGUAUUCCUGACCAAACCAGUGUCUCAACAAUCCAGUCAACAUGAUCUUUCUAUUAAUUGUAUAAAUGACUAUUCCGGAAGAGAGUGUGUUCUUGUGGCCGGGAGAUGAAGGUUCUAUGAUCAUUCCACCCGUCAAACUUCGAUACAUUCCCACACAUUCACAUACAUGCGGAGAUGCUAAGACUAUGAUCAUAGCCCUGUUGUAUGCUUUCUCAUUCCAUACUGCCGGUACUGCGCCCUUUUUAUUUUUUUAUUUCCUAGCAGCUGACAAGCGGCCGAGUGUUGUCUGGCCCAGUCUCCCUUUCUUUUAAUCAUACGUACAGUGUGUGUUGUCUUUCAGUACGUUAUUUUCACUAUUUGAUGUGAAACUCUUAUUUUGAGCCAAUAAAAUUAGACAAAGGAAAGGAACUCAUCGCAAGUUCCAAAUGUUCUU